AUGGGCAAUGGGCAAUGGGAGCGAGGGCCGCCGUCGGCUUGCAAACGCAAAUGCAAAUGCCUCCCUCAAGACAGCUGCUGGCCGCGCCCAAACGAGUGGACUCGGCUCAACAGCACCGUUGGCGGCCGGCUGGUUGCCACGGUACCCUUGGGCUCCCCUUGUCAUGAUCCGCAAUACGACGAGGGAGCAUGUGAGGCUCUGCGCAAGGACUGGCUGUUCCCGGUUGUUCACAUACAGUCUUCUUCCUCCGUCAUGGCGCCACUAUUCGCCAACCAGAGCUGUGAAGCCUUCCAGCCUAGGUCCUCAGCCUGUACUCUGGGCAAUUACGUGAAAUACGCCGUUGAUGCCCGGGGCCCGGAAGACAUAGCAGCAGCUCUCGCCUUCGCCCGGAAGCACAACAUCCGCUUCCUCGUCCGCAAUACCGGCCACGACUUUAAUGGCCGGUCCACGGGAGCAGGCGCCCUCGCGGUGAGGACUCACAACCUUAAGGGCAGCCGGAUUCUGGACUGGAAAGACAAGCACUAUACAGGCAAGGCGUUGAGAAUCGGCUCCGGAACCUUGGGCCACGAAGCUGCCGAGGCCGCUAACCGAGCCGGCCUGGUCAUCGUGUCGGGAGGGUGCCCCAGCGUCGGCCUCGCGGGGGGCUAUAUCCAAGGCGGCGGCCAUUCAGCCCUCAGUUCUGUGUAUGGAAUGGCUGCGGAUAACACUCUGUCCUUUGACGUAGUCUUGACCUCGGGCCGCCUCGUCACGGCGUCACGCGCGGAAAACCAAGACCUUUACUGGGCCUUGAGCGGCGGUGGUGGCGGCACCUACGGCAUUGUCGUCUCUGUUACGAUCCGUGCCCACCUCGAUGCAAAAGUCGGCGGCGCCAGCUUCAGCAUCGAGGCGCCCGAGAAUAACCCUGAUAAAAUCUACGACAUCUUGGAUGAAUUUCACAAAGCCGUUACCCGGAUGGCCGACUCGGGCGGCUUUGUCUUCUACUCCAUCAGCAAAGGCAGCAUACACAGUCAAGGCAUCACAUUUUACAACAAGACAAAGCCCGAGGCCCAAGCUCUCGUCCGGCCCUUCUUGGACUCUGUUUCUGCCAGCUCUAACGGCCUUGUCGUCUCGUCAAAUUUCACAGAAUUUCCCAGCUAUUUCGAACACUACGUUCACUAUGUAGGCCCUCUACCCGCCGGCAACCUCCCGGUCGGCACAACACUCCUCGGUGGCCGUCUGAUCCCGCGUUCGGUGCUACCCCGUCUCACGCCGACGGUGCGCCAACUUGUUGACAUGGGCGUUACGUUCAACGGCUUUGGUAUCAACGUUACCCGCUUCGGCCAGGACGGUGCCAACUCGGUCCUGCCUCAGUGGCGCGACUCGAUUGUGUCUGCGGUACUCAUGCUCCCUUUCGACUUUGAGGCGCCAAUUGAGCACAUGUUUGAGCAACAAAACAGAAUAACGCGAGACAUCCAGCCCAUCAUAGAGGCUGCCACCCCUGGAGCCGGGGCCUACAUGAACGAGGGCGACUUCCAGCAGCGCGACUUCCAGAACACUUUCUUCGGGGCCAACUACCCGAGGCUGCGAGCGAUUAAGAAGAAAUACGACCCCGAGGGGGUGCUUUACGGCGUGGCCAAUGUGGGGAGUGAGGACUGGGUCGUCAGCAGGGGCGGAAGAAUGUGCAGAUCGGGUCGUUGA